AUGGCAAAUUCUUCUGACGAAAUCUUUGAUCCCAGUGUUCCAGCCUCACCUUCCUCAAUCUACAACCAAAGCCUCAAUGCAUCGCUUGAGGACCAGACUAUACUGCUACUUGCAGGGUUGAUGGAAGCUGGUCAAGAAGAUGAGAACACUUGCAAAGAGUUGGCCAACCUCACAAAACUUCUGACCGAUGAUUCUUCGGAUGAAACAAGGUCUCCAGAGCCGCACAAACCUCUUUACCAGCUCGUCGAUGCCGACUCCGUGGAUACGAUUCUCGGCUUUCUGGACAUGAGACAGUCGGCAAGCGUUAGAGGUUACGCUACUCUCGCCAUAUCCGCCUAUCUCAAAGCUUCUGGCGACAAGGGAGUCGAUCUUCUCUCAAAGUUUUUCCAUUCAAAAGUCCGCAAAGGCACAUAUGACGAUUUCAUUGUUGCCUUUUCUGUUGCCGCCUCCAUCUUUCCAGUUGUUCCAGAUGUUACUGCAGCGCUCUUUCUAAGCGAGGGCUUCGUCGCCAAUCUUGGCUCCUUGAUGAGAAGAAAAUGGAAGAGUAAGAAAGUCGAGCAAUCUGCGCUCGAGAUGUUGAAUGUAGCAUGUAUGAAUACACCAUGUCGAGAGGCAAUCAAAAAAUAUUGCACCGAAUGGCUUGAGGACAUGGUUGCCACCAGAGCUCCAGAAUCUCCACCCGUUGAUACUCAGGAAUCCAAGCAGAUUGAAGAUGGCACGAUCCAACAAGGAACUCACUCGGCAUCAGUGGUAAACUUGGCGGCAGUUGUUCUGGCGAAGCUGCAGGUAAUUCCUACUACGCCUGCUCCUGGUACAGAAGAAGAGAGAAUUCAGCCUGCAACAACAAGUAUGGAGGACCUUUCAGACAUGUUUAAGAAUAUGCUGUCGGAAGGGGAAUCUCAACAGAGUGCAAUUGAAGGGCUAGCAUACGCCUCCAUUCAACCUAAGGUUAAAGAGAAGUUAGCUUCCGACAAACAAUUCAUAAAGAAUCUCAUCAAAGCGUUAGCAGAAGCACCUGCAAAAUCACCUGCCACUUACGGGGCUCUUAGUGUUCUUGUCAACCUGACCGCUUAUUUGCCAGCUGUUUCUGAGGAGCAGAAACGCAUAAGUCAGCUGAAAGCAUACGCAAACGCUUCAAAGGCGCCUGAAGGUCCCGACCCCUUGAAUGAUGAGGACCAUGUUACGAAAAGAUGCCAGACUGUUUUUGAAGCUGGAAUUAUUCCCGUUCUAGUCACUCAUAGCCAACAUGGGUCAAUAGCGUCAUUGACGUUGGUGGUCUCCAUUGUCUUUUCGCUCUCGAAGACUACCAAAAUUCGAGGGAAAAUGGCUCAGCAAGGGGCUAUCAAACUUUUGCUACAUGCAUAUUCUGUCUUUCCUACGGAUAAUUUAACAGCUCAGCGGACGACGGCACAUGCUUUGGCGCGCAUCCUAAUCUCGACAAAUCCACAACAUAUAUUUGGCGGAUCAAAUCCUCUACCUCUUACAUCGGCCAUUCGCCCGCUUCUCCUACUCUUAUCCGAGGAUCCGAACUCGGAGCAAAGAGAUCUUCUUCCAAUUUUUGAAUCGCUUUUAGCUCUCACCAAUCUUGCAUCCACGGAUGACACGGCACGCAACCCUAUAAUCCGGAACUCAUUUCCUCAGAUCGAGGAACUCCUUCUCUCCAACAAUAAAAUGGUCACAAGAGCGACCGUCGAGCUGAUCUGCAAUCUUAUGCAAUCGCCAGAAGGAGUCGCCAAAUUCGCCGAUGGCAGCAAGCAAGCAAGUCAGAGGAUGCACAUUCUUCUCGCAUUGACCGAUUCGGAAGACUUCGCAACUCGACGAGCAGCAGGCGGUGGUCUGGCUAGUUUGACUGAGUGGGACACAGCUGUCAAUGCCAUUCUGGAGCGCGAUCGAGGUGUCACUCUACUCCUGGCAAUGUGCAAAGAAGAUGAAGAGGAGUUAAGGCAUAGAGGCGUUGUUUGCGUGUUGAACGUGGUAUCUGCCCCCGGAAAGGUGGGUGAGUGGGGCGUCAAGAAAGUGAAGGAGGAUGGAGGUAUUGAUACACUAAAGGAGUGUUUGAAGAAAUCGCGAAAUCAAGAGGUUCUUGAGAUUACUGUGGAAGCGUUGAAGAAGCUUUUGGGAGAUGAGAAAGAUGCACAGAAACAGAUUGAAUAA